AUGGCAGACUUGAAAUUUGCUGAAAACCACAUCAUUGCUGCUUUCUUAUUUGAUCCUCCAGCAGCACACCAAGAAUUCAAGUCCUUGAUUCAUGGACUCAAGAGAUUUUGUCUUGCACAUGCUUCCAGGUCAAGUCCCAUCACCUGUCAAGACUUAGUGAAGCAAUUCCGGAACAAGGCUUCUCUGCAUAAAAGAGAAGAUGGUGAAGACACAAUGGAAUCAGUUAUUAAUGGAAAGAAGAUUGUGGUGUCUGAGCAAACCGUUCGCGAAAUCAAUGAUGCAUCUGAGUCAGAAAGCUUCUCAGUUAAUGAAGAAGAUGAAGAUGAUGUGAGUAUUGCUUCUGAACAUGAAGAAGACCCUGUUCCUCAUGUUGCAAUGGUUGCUGAGGAACACGUAAAAAUGACUGAUUUGGAGGUCAAUGAUGAUGAUGAUUCAAAUGAUGAUGAGGAGGAAGGUGAAGAUGUGAUGAAUUUGGGGGAUGAUGUGGUUGGUUUUAAUGACGAUGAUGAUGAUGAAUUAUUCUUCGUCUUUGAGAAGAAUGAUGAUUUCAGGCCAAGCGAUGAGGAACUCCAUGAGUUCUUUGAUGAUGUCCAUGAUGUUGUACAUCCUACAACGGAGACUGGGGGAGUUAGUAGUGUUCUCAAGGUGACACCUCCAACUUUUGAUCAGAUGGCCGAAACUUAA